AUGGCUGCUUCCACUACAUCGCGCGCACCUCCCGAUGCGACUUCCCCUGUUGGUCGUUCUUCACUCGGUUUCCUCCGUCGCUCCAAAUCAACUGAACCCGUCGGUGAACGCAAACCUUCUCUGAGUCGCAGAAAGAUGAACAAAACACAAGCCAUGGAGGAGGAACUACGUCGCCAGCGUGAAUCUUACGCGCCGAAAAUCGCCCCGCGACUCCCUGAUCUCCCUUCGGCCCCACAGCUCGAUACGUUUGGUGGUGAGAACAAUGCGAAACCGGUCGUACUGCGUCCUCAGGACUCUUUAAGUCCUGUUGCUGCUUCCGGCCCUGUUGAUCCUUAUGCCCGUAACGAGAGCAUGACCCAUCGCGGUCGUUACAGCUACGCCAGCAGUGCCAUCAGUACCGUCAACAGCCCUCGUCGAGUGCGCCGUCGCAAGGACCCUACCCCAUACAAUGUGUUGGUGAUCGGCGCGCGCAAUUCCGGGAAAACGACAUUCCUAAACUUUCUCCGCAAGUCGUUGACUAUGCCCCCGCAUAAACACCCCACACGGACCCCGGAGGAACUUGAAGAGCUUGAGCGCCAGACCUCCGUCUAUGAGGGGUUCACCUCCCAGUAUCUGGAGACUGAAAUAGAUGGAGAACGCGUAGGAUUGACGCUGUGGGAUUCCACGGGAUUGGAGCGCAGCAUUGUUGACAUACAGCUGCGCGCCGUGACCGGCUUUUUGGAAAGCAAGUUCGAGGAGACACUGGCUGAGGAGAUGAAGGUUGUGCGUUCCCCUGGCGCCCGCGACACUCACAUCCACUGCACAUUUUUGCUGCUGGACCCCGUUGAUCUGGACCAGAACAUUUCUGCCGCUGAACGCUUCGCCAACGGCACACCCAAAGACACUGAUACCCCUGUGCUGGGCGUGUUGGACCAAAACCUGGAUCUGCAGGUGCUUCGCACCAUUCUCGGCAAAACCACCGUGGUGCCGGUCAUCAGCAAGGCCGAUACCAUCACCUCUGUCCACAUGGCCUACCUGCGCAAGGCUGUUUGGAACAGUCUGAAGAAAGCUAACAUCGACCCACUGGACAUUUUGACUUUGGAGGACCCAGAAGAGUACACCUCGUCUGAGAGCGCCGAUGAUGAUGAGGAGGAGGAGGAGGAAGAGAAGGAGAAGGUAGAGGCUGUGAUUGAACUACCGCAGACUGAGUCCUCUGAGUCCAAUGAUCCCGCGACCGGCGAUGAAUCAGAGAAGCCCACUCCGACCUCACCUCAAAGCAAAAGCUCGCGCAAGUCUACUUUGUCUGUGUCUGAAGGACCUGGCAACCCUAACGUGCCAUUCUCCAUCCUGUCGCCGGACCCACACUCCCUCGCAUCGGGUGAAGAACCGGUCGGACGACGAUUCCCAUGGGGUUUUGCUGACCCGUACGACGCAGAGCACUGCGACUUUGUGCGUCUCAAGGAUGCGGUAUUCACAGAGUGGCGAUCGGAGUUGCGCGAGGCUAGUCGUGUGAUCUGGUACGAGCGUUGGAGAACCAACCGCCUCAACCGUAAUGGAGAGCCCGUUCCGGCCAAACAAGCCUCCGGCUUCGGUGGUCGUAUGGGGCCGAGUCGCUUACGAUAA